AUCACUAAGAAUGAGCUGGAAAGAAGAACCCUGUGGGUGUCAGUCUGGCACAGUGUCAAAUUUGGCCACAAUGUGCUCCUGGGUGAUGUUGUUUUGCCUCUUAAUAAACAGAACUUCAAUGACACCUCACCACAGUGGUUCCAGCUAUCAGGAGACCAUAUGGCUGCUGGGGAUCGAGACCAAGACGUUACUUAUGUUACUGACCCUCACAGCAUCAAAACAAAGAGAGGGCAAGUUCUAAACCAGGCUGAUGUGGGCAACCAGUGGCAAAGGUCAACAUUAUUGGAGACAUCAUUACAACCCAACUUUGACAACCAGCAGGAUGACUUCCAAUCCCAGACAACAAGAAAGACUGUUGUAUCAGACCAAUACCAACAAAACCAACCAUCAUCACAACCUACCUUUGGCAACCAAUGGUUGCAACAAGGCAAUUUCCAAUCUCAGACACUGCCUGGUGAGUCAACAGGACCAAAUAUAUCCUAUCAUCAACAAGACAAUUUCCAAUCUCAGACACUACCUGGUGAGUCAACAGGACCAACUAUACCCUGUCAUCAACAAGGACAAUCCCAGCAUAGCAGACUACCUCAGGAGCCAGUCACUGACCACCACCUGGAGGAACAAGGUGGUGACCACAUUCAAACAAGGAGGAAAUCAGGCCAUUACUUCCCAUCUUUACCCCCACAACAGGACCCUGUGGCUGCUGAGGAUCAAGACCAGCUUGUUACUGACCCUAAGACUAUAAGAACAAAGGGAAGCCAAGUUCUUAACCAGGCCCAUGGGGAUAAUCAGUUAGAAAGAUUACCUACGGCAGUGACACAUGGGAUUGCUGGGGUUCUAAGACAGCUCCCUGCUAACACAGGCAACACAAAUGUUACCCUCAAUUUGCAACUGGUUAACCAAUAUUAUAACUCAGAAAAGGCAACAAUGACACACAUGAAAGAGAACGAUGUGACAACAUCUUUUCAUAAACAUAUUCCUCCACAUGUGAGAAAACGACUGAAUGAGACACUUUGUCAAAAUGAUGUAUGGAACCAAGUAAAGAAGAUGUAUGGCAUUUCAGAUGAAACCCCAUGUCCUCCUGAUGUUGUGACUUCUUUGUUGUCUCAAGUCCAGGGUUCUAUUGCAUCUUUCAUCAGUGUGUUGUUAAAGUUGAAAGAAUGCCGCAGAGAAAGACAGCAAGACAUUCCACAAGACUUGAUUGAUGAAGUCAAGAAAGGACUUCUGAGUGAAAUGGAGUACAACAGACUAAGAGAGAAAGUGGUUGACUUUGCUGAGGAACUUUCGAUUCAUAUAGAAAGAACUUUAGAUUACCUGUAUCAGUUUAGUGUAAUACCAGAUGAGGAGACAACAAAGCUUAAAAAUGAUGCAAAGAGAAAUCCACAAGAAGCUUGUAGAAAUUUGUUUAAAGCACUCCUUGCGACCAGUCCUAAAAAAGAGCCAAUUAAACAUCUGAGAGCUGCAUUCAGGGAUUGUGGUCUUGGGCAUCUGACAGAUGAACUAGAAGUCAGCUACCAGGACGUAGAGGAUGAAAUACAGAAACAUGGAAGUGGCCGACCUUCUUGUGAAGAGCCGUUGGCGAUAGGAAUGUCAGCUCCCCCCACACCUGCAACAGGUGAAAACCCUAUUGGAGAACAUUAAAACUGUGUGUACAGUAUUUGACAGUAUGUGUCAAGAUUGUUUAUGCUAUUUGGGUCACCGUGGACUAAGAACGUAUGGUGUAUUGCCACAUAUAUUGACAUCAGACAAAUAAAGUGACUCUCUGUAUUUACUGAUUUUGAACAAGCUUGUUGUUAAACUACAGUGAGGAAGACGUUCAUAUUUAAAGUUCAGCAUCAACUGUGACCCUAACUUUUAACAGGAAGAUGACAGAAAUUUUAAGCAAAACCCAUUGGCCCAUGAAACCAUCAAUACUGUUAGGGGACUUAAAUGUUGAUUUGUCUUACAGUAGAUCUAGAGCUCCUACAACCUCUGUUUAUGUUCCUCUUUUAUAAUACCACCAACAAGUUAUUGUCUCACCAACAUUGAGGUGUAUCAAAGACACACUAAUGUUUUUGACCAUUUUUUUUUUUUAUGUACAAGGCGUAAAACCAGUAGAAACGGGUACACUGUGCAUCUAUUACAGUGCCAUGAUCCUGUAUAUGCUAUUAUACCCAUCUGUUUAAACUAGCUUAUAAAUUACUCCUUUAGUUCAUUCCCACAAACAAAAAUGGAUAUUUGUAAAAAGCAUUGUAUAUAUGUUAAAAAGCAUCCAUAUGUAUUUUAUGUAAAUAUAUUAUGAUAAUGUCAACACCAUGUAAUUUAUGUAAAUAUAUCCCCUUAAAGAUGGCAACACUACAAAUACGUGGGAAGGUGUUUUAAUAUGUAAAAGAAUAGUUUGUAAAGUAUAGUUUGAUAAUUUUACUAGUGUAUACAUAUAAG